ACGAAUUCAGGAAAAAAGCCAGAUCUACAAGUUUUGUUAAAGCUUGACACGAUGGAAAAUGAAAUAGUACUUGCUGAGGUUUCACGAUUACUACCUCAACAAGAUAAGGAGAUUAUCGACUGGAAGAAAUUGUUGGGGAAAGUUCCUGUCUUAGGUAUCCAAGUAAUACGAGAUCGUGUGUUUGUUUCUGCGUUAGACCUAUUUGAAGAUGAUUUUUAUAGGGUUUUUCGAAUCUGUGAGUUGGUUAUACCUUUACGUAUUUCCUCUUGUCAGAUAGUUGAAGAAUUUUUAAAGAACGUUCUUAAAUUGAGGUUUGUGGUGGAAAAAAUUAUUGUAAUGUCUGUUGAUGUGAAGGACGAAAUUAGUCUUUUGCCCGUAACUGAAGAUCAAACCCCAUCAACAUUGAAUGUCGACAACAUAUUCUCCACCAAAAGAAAAAAAUUUUUAGAAAAU